GAUCCAUAGUUAUUAAUUCGUGGAUAUAGAGCGUGAAAUCAAGCGUUCAGGCAAAGCAAGAAGUAAGUAUAUAGAGGCACAACGUGUUGGCCGUGUGUCAGUCGGUAGUGAGGAGGCAAUGUGCGCGCCAGGGCUCCGCAGCCCCGCACCGCGCACGUGAGCUUACGAUAAAGGAAUUCCUGUGUGAUGUUAGUAAACAAAAAGUGUAGAAAUAAAAACUGUGCCGUGUUUCUCCUGUCAGUCUUGCGGUGAACUCCUAUCCGGCACCAUGUCUCUUCCCGGAGGUUACUUCUUCUCUCAAUAUGUGGAAAGCUUUUGGAGCACCUCCCCGCCACUGUUGGAUUGGUCCGGGGUGCCGACAGCGACGCUGGUGCUGGCGGUGACCGCGCUGGUUGUGGCCGUGACGGCGCUGGCCACGCGCGAGGGCCGGCCGCGGCUGCCGGGCCCGCCGGCGCUGCCGCUGAUCGGAACACGCUGGCUCUACUGGAGCCGUUACAAGAUGAAUAAACUACAUGAAGCUUACGAAGACAUGUUCAGGCGCUACGGGCCGGUGUUCGUGGAGACCACACCCGGGGGCGCCGCCCUCGUGUCCAUCGCCGAGCGGUCGGCGCUGGAGGCUGUGCUGCGGACCCCCGCACGCCGCCCCUACCGGCCCCCGACGGAGAUCGUCCAGGUCUACCGCAGGAGCCGGCCUGACAGAUAUGCUUCCACUGGACUGGUUAAUGAGCAAGGAGAAAAAUGGUACCACCUGCGGCGUCACCUGACCGCGGAGCUGACGAGCCCGCACACCAUGCAGGGGUUCAUUCCGGAACUAAACCACAUCUGCGACGACUUCCUCGAGCUACUGCAGGCGUGCAGGCACGCCGACGGCACGGUCAAUGGCUUCGACCAGCUCACCAACAGGAUGGGCUUGGAAUCCGUUUGCGGUUUAAUGCUGGGUACCCGGCUGGGUUUCCUGGAGCGCUGGAUGUCUGGCCGCGCGUCCGCACUGGCUUCCGCGGUGAAAGCUCACUUCCGCGCUCAGAGGGACUCGUACUAUGGGGCGCCGUUAUGGAAGUUCGCGCCUACCAGUCUCUACAGGACCUUCGUUAGGAGCGAGGAAACCAUACACACGAUAGUGUCAGAGCUGAUGGAGGAGGCGAAGCUGCGCACGCGCGCCUCCGCGCAGGACAACGGCAUGCAGGAGAUCUUCCUCAAGAUACUGUCCAACCCCGCACUUGACAUGCGCGACAAGAAGGCCGCCGUCAUAGAUUUCAUCACCGCUGGGAUUGAGACCUUGGCAAACAGUCUAGUCUUCCUGUUGUACCUGCUAAGCAGCCGUCCGGACUGGCAGCAAAAGAUCCGGUCGGAGCUGCCUUCAUGCGGAGACCUCCACAUGGAGCAGUUAUCGGCGGCGCCAUCCGUGAAAGCGGCCGUCAACGAGAGCUUCAGGCUGCUGCCAACCGCGCCUUUCCUGGCCAGGCUUCUUGACGCGCCUAUGACCAUAGAUGGGCAUACGUUACCUGCUGGGACAUUCGUGCUAGCGCACACUGGCGCGGCCUGCCGUCGAGAAGAGAAUUUCUGGCGAGCAGCCGAGUACCUCCCCGAGCGGUGGUUAACCGUACGCGAGCCGCACGCCGCUGCACUCGUGGCGCCGUUCGGCCGUGGCCGCCGAAUGUGCCCCGGGAAGAGAUUCGUCGAACUCGAGAUCAACCUGCUUCUAGCGAAGAUUCUUCAGCGAUGGCGAGUGGAGUUCGACGGAGAACUAGACGUGCAGUUUGAUUUCCUACUGGCCCCAAAGGCACCGGUGUCGCUGCGUCUUGUGGAGUGGUAGGCCAGCGUUUACCUGACAAUCUACCUACUUAAUGCUUUUCUGCAGUACAUCGACGAUCUUCUU